UGGAUGUUAUGAAAGUGAAAUAACCUCGUAGUUUAAUUAAUAUAUAGCAUGGUGGUUUAAAUUUAUUUUGGUAAACAAACUGUUGGUCUCAGUUUCAUAAUUUGGACUCGCUUGACAAAUGAGCAUCGUUUACUUUAGUGAUAAACUUAUUACGUCGCAGCUAAAACUUGUGUCUGUCACUUUAUUAUGGAAUGUAAUACUAGAAAUAUCUUGUUGCUGGUUUGAUAAAGAACGCUUUAUUUCAAUGUUGUAUAUAAAUAUCCGGAUAAGAAUGAACUGGAUUAAAUAGUUGUUGUUUUAAUGAUUUAAUUAUAUAAAUUAUUAUAAAUAAGACGAAUUUUGUAAAACUUGAAACACCGACGAUGGAACUUUACAAAAGAAGUAUAUUUUUGGGCAAUGGCGUCGAUUAUUCGGAAACUCCGGCGCAAAUCCGGGAAACAAAGUCCAGAAAAGACAAAACGAACAAAGUCUUCAGCUUUUAAUUUGUUUUGUUUAGGAUCUUCUGAACAAGAGGAUACAGACCCGUCAAAGAAACCGUUUGAGAAGCAUAAAACUGACUCAGACAAAGGUGAUACUGAAAAGAUGGGUAAAGUGGAGUCAAAACAAUUUCGAGACGGUCCCGUUGAUAUUGUUGAGUUUGGAAAAGAGCCUAGUCCAGAACACGGAACGAAAAGUAGUUUAAAGAACAAAAAAGAUCAAGAUAUAGAUAAGGAAAAUGUUGCUUUAUCAAAGCAAGAAACAAUUGAUUCUAAAGAUGAGACUGAUGCCAAGAGUACUAGUGUUGAUGUACAAGACGUUGCUGUAGACAUUCAUGAAAUGAACGGUAAUGUAGAUAAAGAAGAGGAACAAAUUAAGGUUAAUGGAAAGGAGGAAACAAGCUUAGAAAGCCAGAAACGCAACUCUUCGUCAGGAUCUUCGUCUGAAAAUAGUUCGUCUUACGAAUCGUGUAGUGAAGAGAAUGGUGAAAAAAAGAAGAAGAAAAGGAAACAAAAGGAUCGUAAUGGGACUAAAAGCAAGGAGGCUGUUGAGAAAGAAGAUAAAGUAGUAACUAAUGGCAAUCACGAUUCUUCUAGUUCAAACUCGUCAGCUGAUGAAGCUGUAGUUGAGAAAACGGACGCGGAUGUAGAAAAGACCGUCCUAAGUUCACCGAAAGAGAAAGCAAAAAAGAAAAAUCCGUUUGGACGUAUGCAAAGUAAAUUGUUGGACGCAAUAUCGUAUCAGAACAUUGAUGCCUUCUCACCGGAAGUGUGUAUAGAUUUCAUAAAAAAUAAACCCUCGUUGAAAUUUUUGUCAGCUUUGAACAGGAAACUGAACCAGAAUAAAAAGGAAUGGAGUAGUGAGUUCUUAGACCUGAAUGGCUGUGAAAUGCUGCUAGAUCUUGUCGACACGCUUGGUAUAAAACGCGUGACACAGCUCUCUGACGCCCUCUUGCUUCUAGAGGUCAUUGGUUGUAUCAAAACGUUGAUGAACUCGAAGAUGGGCCUCGGGUACCUAGUUGAGCAUGGCGGUUCCUUAAACAGACUUGUGACUGCAUUGGACACAAACAAUGUUAUGGUCAAGAAACAAGUAUUUGAACUGCUCUCAGCUUUAUGUGUAUACUCUACGGAAGGUUACCAGCUUACUUUGGCAGCCCUGGAUAGCUUUAAGGUUGCCAAGAAACACAGAUAUAAGUUCAGCGUUAUUGUGCAUGAGCUAAGGACAGCUGAAAUUGUACCAUACAAGACCACGUUGAUUGCAUUUAUCAACUGUAUUUUAGUUGCCACCGAGGAACUCGAAGAACGGGUUCGACUCCGCAACCAGUUUAUAGGUCUUAAUCUUCUUGACGUCAUUGAUGAGUUACGUAACGAAGAUGACGAAGAUCUUGUUAUACAGUGUAAUGUGUUUGAUGACGAGAAACAAGAAGACGACGAGGCGUUUGCUGCACUCAACCCAGACGGUGUUAACAUAAAUGAUCACAAUGCUGUCUUCAAUGCACUAUUUGAGAAAGUAUAUAAUACUCCUCAUUCAGAUGUUUUGCUGAUAAUUCUACAAACAUUACUUCGGAUAGAUACAGAAGAAACUGAAGGUGAUAUUCGUUGGGACUGUGCAGAGACCGCUGUAAGACAAGCUGUUUAUAUGCCACUUCCGCGUGCUCCUGAACCUGGGCCACAAAGUGGCAAAUCUUCAAGACUUUUCUGUGAUCAUUGUGGAUUUUAUAAUAAGCAUACACAUGAUUUCAGUGCGCAAACUGACUUGGGUAGUGUAGUAACAAAUGCCCAAAUAUCUGUGAUACAAGCAGAUGCAAAAGCAUCAUUUGCAAAUGCACUAAGUGAACUGUCUUCUAAAAAUAUUCCAUUUAGAACUCCUGGUCAUACUGAUACCGUGAUAGUGAAUGGCUCAACGGAAAAUACCAAUGCGUCUUGUAACGCUUCAUCAGUACCUCCUCCCCCUCCCCCGCCGCCUAUAUUUGGAAUAGCUCCUCCUCCCGCACCUCCAGCCCCUCCUCUUCCAGGUGCUCCUCCUCCGCCUCCUCCACCACCACUCCCACCAGGUUCAGCUAUCCCUCCACCACCACCACUCCCUGGAUCUGGCCCUCCUCCACCACCACCUCCACCAGGACUACCAGGAUCAGGCCCUCCUCCUCCCCCUCCACCUCCGGGUCUUCCGGGAUCUCCUCCUCCACCACCUCCUCCACCAGGUGGACCAAUUACUCGAGCUGCAACAUAUCCAAUGCGAUCUCAACCAGAAACAGUGCCUAGAAUCAGUACACCUACACCAAAACACAAAAUGAAAACAUUUAACUGGACUAAAGUUCCUCCAAAUUCUGUGACAGUAAAAAGUAACGUUUGGAAAGAGGUGUCUUCAAUGGACGACCAAAUACCUGUAAAUUACGACACAAUUGAACAACUGUUCUGUCAGAAACAAAUUGAAGAAUCAACGAAAACUGGUCAUAGUGCAAAACAUGUUCCAUCCAAGGUCCUUCUUCUCGACAACAGGAAAAGCAUGAGUGUUAAUAUAUUCUUGAAACAGUUUAAAGAAAACAAUCAACAAAUAGUGGAUAUGAUCAAGGAAGGAGAUAUCAGCAAAAUAGGCAACGAACGACUCAGGGGAUUACAAAAGAUCCUACCAGAGAACGACGAUUUGAAACCUAUACUGGAGUACAGUGGCGAGAGGGCACAGCUUGGAAAUGCUGAACAAUUUUACCUUGACCUUCAAACACUCGAUGGCUUUAAGCUGCGAAUUGAUGCUAUGGUAUUAAAGCUGGACUUCGUCUCCUUUACAGAAAAGUUUAAACCAUUGAUGCAAACAUUUAUCAAGACAUGUAAGGACCUGACAGAAAAUGACUCCUUGAAAGUCUUUCUCCGAUUUGUACUACAUACUGGAAACUUUAUCAAUGCUGGCAAAUAUUCGGGGAAUGCGGUAGGCUUCCGGAUCAGCUCUUUGACAAAGUUGAUUGACACGAGGGCGAACAAACCACGCAUCACUCUGCUACAUUAUCUAGUCAAUGAAGCCGAAAAGAAACAUAAUGACGCUAUUUUAUUUGUUGACGAAUUAUUCCCAGAUCUAAGCUUUCUUACCAAGUAUACGUUAGAUAAUAUAAAUGCAGAAAUUCAUGAAGUCAGCACAUCUAUUGGAUCAAUUGAUAAACAACUUGUUAAUUCUUCAGAAGAUCUUAAGACUCAGUUUGAGGCCUUCAUUAAGUCAGCAAAACUUGAAAUAACAGACAUCAAAGAUGAUUUAGAAAAGAUAAAUGAGUUGUCGACUAAAGUAGCCAUUCAUUUUUGUGAGAAUGAGCAGAGUUUUAAACUGGAAGAAUUCUUGACAAUAAUGAAAACAUUCUGUGAGAAAGUACGACAGUGCCAGAAGGAAAAUGAACAAAGAAGAAUACAAGAAGAAAAACAGGAAAAACGAAGGAAGGCUCAAGCAGAAAUAAAGGCAAAACCAAAGCAGCCAAGAAAGAUCCCUUCGCAAGAGGACGACGGGUGUAUUAUAGAUAAACUUCUCUUAGAGAUCAAGAAGGGAUACAGUCUGAGAAAAUCCCCAAAGAAACAAAACCAAAACGAAUCAAAUUGUUAAUAAUCGCUAUUUGUGUUACUACUUCUAAGACAACGCGUUUUAUUAGAAUAUUUGCAUCAUUGAACAUUUUACUCUAUUCUCAGUGUAUAAAAAUACUUUUUGGAAAUGUAUUAGUUUAAUGACUUGAAAAUGAUACAUGAAAUUAUAUGGUUACCAUAGUUACACAUACAAAGCUUGUCUUUGCUUGCUCAUAGUAAAGGAAAGUUGUAAAAUAUUUUAUCAAAAGUUUUCACGUUAUGAGAUGAACAUUUUUAAAACAAUUCGUUUUGUUUUGCUUAUGGAAAGAAUGUUUUCAUGUAUUUCAAGGUUUUAUAUAUUUUUAUUGUGUGGAAGACAUGAUUGCGUCUAGUGCCAUUUGAAAUGUGUUCAUAAAAAUGUGUAUAUAAUUAAAAACCUUUGCUGUCUUAUUGAAUAAUGGGUGCACUUGUCAAUAGCAGCUGAUUUAUAAACAUUGAAUUUCGCUUUUUCAUAAAGUAAUUAGGAAUGUUUGGCACUUCAGCUUCAAGUCAAUGACGUUUUAAAAAGCAGGAAUUUCAAAACAGUGGCUUAUCAAGAAAUGUAUGGCAUACAAAAAAGCAAACGUUAAAUGUUUGAAAGAUUUAAGCAAUUUAUAACAAUAUAGAGGGACCAUGCUUUAUUUGUGAUUUUAUUUAUAAAAUAAGUAAUUUAUUUUCUCAUAAUUGCAAUUUUAAUUGUGUGUGUGCAAUAUUUCAAUAAGUGUGUAAGGUUUCUUAGAGCGGAUUCAUAAUAUGUUUAGAAAAAUAGAAACUUUCUCAAAAAUUAAUGUUACAGCAUUUUGAACAUUAUACCCGAGUAUCAAUAAGAUCACAUUGGAUGUUUUCUAAUAUAAUGUUAAAUAUAUUCUUAUAUUGGCAUAAUGCUUCAUUGAUAUGCUAUCGACUCCAAACUCUAGAAACAAAUAAUAUAGUCAUCUCUUUUAAAUAAUGUCUACGAUUCAGUAGCCAAAAUGUAGUAGUGAAUUUACGCACAAUCCUUACUUUCGCCAUUACUAUUAUACCUAUAUAUUGUGCUCAUGUUAAUUGCAGAUUAUUGCCUUUCUCCUGAUUUUGGUGACAAUACUUACUAUAUAACAUUCUUGCAUAAAUUUUAAUGCUUUUUUACGUUUAAUCAACACUUUUGAAGAUAAAGGCCUAUAUGUGCAUUGAUAUUAAACAUUUUUGCAUGCUUACGAAUAUGUAAGGUUAUUUUGAUCAUAUGUCUUCUUAAUAAUGUCGGAACAUGUGUUUGCAUGGUACAGUUUAAUGAAUGAAUUGUUUUACAUUCCUUUAUUGGAAUUGAUUUGAAAUAAAUAGGGAAUUUAUGACACAAGUGUUGCGGCGUGGACGAAUGGUAAAUAGGUCUGACCAGUAAUCUAUGGUUUGCUGGCCGCGUGGGUUUCAAUACCGCCAGGGACAAGACGUUGCUACCUUUACAGUACUGAACGGGUUCGGGAACGAAUUUGAGAGUGUCUUUAUAAGUUUAUAGCUUCCUGCACAAUCAAAAUAACAUAUAUUCUGUAUAAAAUAAAUGUUUGUAUUUUUAUACGUUAUUAAAACUUUAUGAUAGUAAAUUAUUAGUAUUAUUGUAUACUUAUGUAACUUUUUAAUAUCUAUGAUUAAGACUUAAUAAAUCAAUAAUGAAACAUGUUUUACGACGAAUGAUGCUUGUUUAAAUGUUUAAAAUCACACCUUUUUUUAAUGUAUUAUAAAAGUAAGGUCUUUUUAUUUUUCGGCGAAAUAAUUAGCCUUAUAUAUAAUUAACAUUAUAGAUUUUUUGAAAUUUCAUAUCUAUAUAAUUGUUUCAAAAUAUGCUUGAAAGAAAUUCAGUCAAAUAG